AUGUCAACAGAAGGGAGCGGAGAGACACCUUCGACAGUACCAAAUUUACCGGGAGUACCGGAGCAGACUUAUCUUUUUCCAAAAGUGAAAGGGCAUUCCCGAUCUAUAAGCCAUGGGGGUACUCCAAUGUUGGCGGGGAAUCCGGCGCUAUCGAGGCCACCCCUCAAGUCGGCGAUGCGGGGCCACCAGCGCGCGCUAUCACACGGGCAGAUCGGAGAAGGUCCGCGAGCGGCCUCGGGGCCUGGACAUAGCCGCACGUGCAGUCGAACUGAUUUCAUCCUGCCGCCAGGUCAUAGGGACGGGGCUCCCGCUAGUGCCCAGCCGCGCCUCUCCUCAGUCCGAGGUCACCAUUCACGACAGGCGUCUCGUUCCGACUCUAUCUACACCCUUCGCCGUGCUUCCGUCGUGCCACCGUGGCGAAGAGCGGUUUUUUGGCUCAUGCGAAGACAGCAGCCCGCUAUAGAUAACAGGCAUCUCAUAGUUAUACCCAACCACCUCAUUCCUGAUAAAACACCUCCUAAAGAUCAUCCCAACGGUCAUAGGUGUAACAAUAAAAUCAGGACUACUAAGUACACAUUCUUGUCUUUCUUACCAAAAAAUUUGUUUGAACAAUUUCAUCGGAUCGCCAAUGUGUAUUUUAUAUUCAUAGUGUUGUUAAACUGGGUGCCGGCUAUCAAUGCUUUUGGCAAGGAAGUGGCCAUGCUACCAGUGUUGUUUGUGUUAACAGUGACCGCCAUAAAGGACCUUUUUGAAGAUCGGAGAAGACACAUGUCCGAUAAAAGGAUUAACAAUUCAUACUGCAGAGUAUACAACAAGUCAGUGGAGAGAUACAUGAGGUUGAAAUGGAAGGACGUGCGCGUCGGUGACUUGAUCCACCUCUCCAACAACGAGCCAGUGCCCGCGGACAUGGUCCUAUUACACUCGUCCAACCCGCUCGGGAUCUGCUAUCUGGAGACGUGCAAUCUAGAUGGCGAAACCAACCUGAAGCAACGAAUCGUCGCACCCGGUUUUAAAGAGAAGAGGCUCGAGUUCAAUCCGUUGAAAUUCAAGAGCACCGUCGAGGUGGAGAGGCCGUCCACAAAGAUAUACAGGUUUACCGGAACCAUUUCGCAUCCGAACGGCGACAGGGUUCCGCUGAACUCCGAUAACCUCCUUCUACGGGACUGCACGAUCAAGAACACCGACUACGUAGAAGGCAUCGUCGUGUACGCGGGACACGAGACGAAAGCUAUGCUCAAUAAUGGCGGACCCAGAUACAAGUGUUCCAAAUUAGAGAAGAAAAUGAACACAGACGUGAUAUGGUGCGUCUUGGUGCUCUUGUUUCUCUGCUGCGCGGGCGCCGUCGGUUGCAAAAUAUGGUUCGACAAUUAUUACCCAUAUGUCAACAAGUUACCCCCGUUCAUACCUCGCGCGGAUCCGCCGGCGUACGAGGGCCUGCUCAUAUUCUGGACUUACAUCAUCGUUCUGCAAGUCAUGAUACCCGUCUCACUUUACGUUACCAUCGAGAUGACGAAACUGAUUCAAGUGUAUCACAUACAUCAGGACGUGGAGAUGUACGAUUCGGUUACAAACACGCGAACGGAAUGCCGAGCGUUAAACAUCACCGAGGAGUUGGGUCAAAUUAGUUACUUAUUUAGCGAUAAAACGGGAACGUUGACUGAAAACAAAAUGGUGUUCAGAAGAUGCACGGUCGGGGGGGUGGACUAUGACCAUCCGCCCGGGCCCGAGGCCGAACCCUCGACGGAGCUGCCGCCGAUCGUCACGCCUAUUACCAAAGUGUCGCCGAACCGAAGAAUGCUCCAGCAUCUCCUCGAUAGCAACGACGCACAGCAUACGCAAAAGGUCCGAGAGUUCCUAUUGAUUCUUGCCGUCUGCAACACCGUGGUGGUGAGCCAGCCGCACGUCGAUUCUCUCAGCAACUCCAACCACGAUCAGUUCCGGGAGCAGAAGUCGUCGAGAGCCAACGGGACGCUCCGCUCGAACGAUAAAUACGCUCGGUUGACUGAAUCUAGAUCGACCACCCCGUCGCCCCCGCCCUCCACCACUUCGCCUCUGCGCAUACGACUGCCCAAAUUGCCCUUCGGAAGUAAAGAUGACAACUCCAGCGAACCGAGCACGUCUGCGGAAGUUCAACUGGCGCGUUUUGAAGCCGAGAGUCCCGACGAGUUGGCGUUAGCCGAAGCCGCGCUGGCGUACGGUUACGAGCUGCGGAGCCGGUCACCGGACGAGGUGGAACUGGGAGUGCGAGGGGAGCUCAGCAAGCUCAAAGUGCUGCGAGUGCAGCAGUUCGACUCGAACAGGAAGUGUAUGUCUGUAGCGCUGAGGACUCCCAAUGGACAGGUGGUGCUGUACGUCAAAGGCGCGGAUAGUACGGUACUCAAUGCGCUAACGCCGAUGCGAAACGGCUCAGCCGAGUCGGCCGCUUACGAGAGAACUCGUUCACUAUUGAGCGAGUACUCCAGAGCCGGUCUCCGAACGCUGGUUAUGGCCAAGCGGACUAUGCAGCCCGCGCUGUGGGAAGAGUGGCUGGCGAGUCACAAUCGGGCGUCGGAAAUCGGCGAAGCAGGCAGGGAGAAACGCAUCCGCGAGUCGUUGGCUCGCCUGGAGAGCGCGCUGACGCUGGUGGGCGCGACGGGCGUCGAGGACCGGCUGCAGGAGGAUGUGCCGCGCACGGUCCGGGCCCUGCUAGACGCGGGCGUCGUGGUCUGGGUGCUCACGGGGGACAAGCCCGAGACGGCCAUCAACAUCGCCUACUCCGCGGCGCUCUUCUCGCAGAGCGACCGGCUGCUGCACCUCAUGUCCAGGGACAAGGAACACGCCGAAUCCACUAUCAAGAGCUACUUGGAGGGCGGCGUGGUGGAGGGCGGGGCCGGUCGGGCUUUAGUGGUGGACGGACGGACGCUGACGUACAUUUUGGACCGGCGAUCGGGUCUAGUGGCGCCUUUUCUGUCGCUCGCGCGUCGAUGCUCCGCCGUCCUGUGCUGCCGCGCUACGCCCCUUCAGAAGGCGUACAUCGUCAAGGCUGUAAAGGAAGAACUGGGCGUGACGACUCUCGCCAUCGGCGACGGCGCAAACGAUGUCUCUAUGAUCCAGACUGCAGACGUCGGAGUCGGUCUAUCCGGCCAGGAAGGUCGUCAGGCCGUGAUGGCAUCGGACUUUGCUCUCUCCCGGUUCAAGUUCAUCGAGCGGCUGCUGCUGGUCCACGGCCACUGGUGUUACGACCGCCUCGCUCGGAUGAUCCUCUACUUCUUUCUAAAGAACGCCACGUUUGUGUUCCUCGUGUUCUGGUACCAACUAUAUUGUGGGUUCUCUUCGUCCGUGAUGAUCGACCAGCUCCAUCUCAUGGCGUACAACCUCAUGUUCACUGCUGUACCUCCCAUAAUUAUGGGUGCGUACGACAGGGUCGCGCCCGCGACGCUUCUGACUGAGCGGCCGGGCCUGUACAGCGCGUCGCGACGGGGCUUCGCCUAUCGGGCGCACUCCUAUUGGCUGGUGCUCGCCGAGUCGCUCUACAUCAGCGUCGUGAUCUUCUUCAGCGCGCACGCCGCCUACAACGACACUGACGUCGACAUCUGGGCCUUCGGGAACUGCUGCAUGACCUGCUGUCUCGUCGUCAUGCUCGUGUACGUCGCCAUCGAGACCAGGAGCUGGACGGUGAUCCAGGUGAUAGCCCUGUGCGGGUCCCUGGGCUCGUUCUACGUGCUCACGCUAGUGUACCAAGCGGUGUGCGUGUCGUGCUUCAACUUGCCGUCGACCUUCAGGGUGCUGCAGCACGCGAUCGCCGACCCCAUCUACUGGCUCGUCGUCGUGCUCACCACGGUCACUGCGCUGACGCCACGAUUGGCGUGCCACGCGAUCCGCAAUUCGUCUCGACCGGACGCGGUGGGGCGGGCGGUGCAGGCGCGGCGGCGACACGCGCGCUCCCGUUUGCCCUACGCGGCGCACUACCACACCACGACCGCAUCUGCACACGUCUAUAGAUCGACCGACGAAGACGGCCUGCAAAAGACCCACUCCGACGUGGCGGCCAUCACGUGA